AUGGAGAGGCAGCACUUCAGAUUACAGGACCAACCCUGCACGGCGGACAUCAAGGUUUAUUCGGGCUUCUCCAAGUUACCCCCCGUUGUCGUCAUAUCACGUACGAAUGCCCUGUUCACCCACUGCAUGAGCGUUGGUCAGCAUGCUUAUGUGUUCUCCCCAUCACGCAAGCUACUUGAGUUGUCCGAAACCGAAGGGAACGAGUUCCACCUCUUCGUUGCGGCCCAGACAGGCGUUAGCUCCGCCACAUACCAUGGUGUGUACGCAGCAGUCAAUACUCAUACACAGCUCAGUGUGAAAGGGUGGCGCGAGUUAUAUGAGGUGCCCCAAGCCGAAAUGGUAGAUCUCAAAUGUGCUCAAGUUAAGGCUGGCAAUGACUCUACGGCUGGACGCAACGGUUCCGCCCAAGUGCUAUGCGAAAUGGUCCGGGCCAAAUACAACAAAGGAUCACUUCGACUCGAUAUGAUCGUCUUCGAAAACAAGGGCUUUGAUUGGAAGUUUGUCGAAGCUUUCGGUAAGGAUGCUGCCAAGGAGCUGAUCCCUGUCAAGGCGGCCGCAGGUACUACCACGCCUCCGAAGGCCCACGUACUCUGCGAAUUCCCCAAGGCGAUGAGGACACCAGAGAAGAACCGCAGGAAGCGAGAAUUUUAUUGA